AUGGCCAAAUUCUUGGUGAAGCUGCAGCGGUGCUUUCGGAGGAAGCCCGUGCGUUUCCUCACGCUGCUGGCUCUCUACCUGGCUGCUGGCAGUUUGCUUUUCCUCCACUCAGGCUUCUCCAGGGAGCCCACGGUGCCAGGGAGCCGGCGUGGCCCCCAGGGACCCGGGUUGCCCUACCUGGGGGUGAUGCAGUUGAGCCGUGGCUUCCAGGAGAUGCCCAAGGGGCCACGGCGACCCGGCCCCUGGCUGAAAACCACCUCCAAGGAGCUGGCAGAGAGGGGCAGAGCUGGGGAGCACGGCCACAGCAGGGCACUCAGGGGCAGGAGCGGCCACGAGAAGGAGGAGGACAGAGCCAGGUACGUGGGGUGCUACGUGGACGACCCCCGCCGGCGGACGCUGCGUGGCGUGUCCUUCUUGGACUACAAGAAGAUGACAGUCUUCCGUUGCCAGGACAACUGUGCCGAGAGGUAG